AUAGCUUAGGCGAUCCUUACCAUUCAUCAAUCACUCUGGUUGAGAUCAAGACUGGAUGGAGCUGAAAGUUGAAGGAGAGCUAUGCCUGAGAGGGUUUAGCCCACACCAAGUGUCCUAUCUACCCUCUCUGAACUGUGUCCUAGUGUCUGAUGGGAGAGGAGCCUUCAGAUGUGUAGAUAUUGCCUCUGGAAAAGAGCAUAGUCUACCAGAGAUCACUGUACCCGACUUUUCAUCUCACGUCCUCUGUGAUGUUGACCAGACCACCUCCAAACUGGUAGUGGUGUGUGGGAACAAACUGUCCGCCAGGCUAGCCCAUGCUGGAGCACUGCAACUCAGGACCAUGUUGCAGACUCCUGUUAAAUCAAUGCAGGAAGAGGUCACUGUUGAGCUGCCAUUAUCAGCGUGCUCCACCCUGCUCAAGGAGUUGAAGGCACCUCACAGCGGUCGACGUACUGCUUCACUGAAGAUGGUCGUAUCGAUAGAGAGAACACUUGAGGAAGCUUUGGCAAAGAGCAGCAACUGUGAUAAGUUCGCCACCGUAUGCUUCUCUGGUCCGCUGGGUCAGCUCAGUUCUCUGUUCGAGGAACUGAGCAAGUCUCUCUUGACAGGGGACAAAUCCCCUGGCCACCCUGCUACCCCCCUCCUCUUCGCACUAACACUGAAACUCCACCUACUGGAUCCGGAGAACGGGCCAGCAAUGAUGGGGUUCGAGAGGGGGGAUGCUCUGAGCUCUAACGAGGCACGUCUGAUGAACAUAGAGGCAAUGCGCAGGCUCAGUCUGGCUGGCUGGCCACACCUCAACUAUCAGUGGGCAGUUCCCAAGGUGAUGGCAAAAGCUGGCUUUUAUCAAACGACCAGCAUCAACCACGGUGGGACUGCAGCAGGGGACAGAGUGACCUGUUUUUGUUGCCGUGUCUACCUGUACAGCUGGGAGCCUACCGACGAACCAUGGUCUGAACACGAACGCCACGCCUUCCAGUGCCGCUUUGUGAGAGGGGAAUACACGGCCAAUGUGCCUCUGGCUAUCACCGAGUCCUCCCAUCCUGCAUCGGAAUAUACCCAUGACAGGGACACUGUAUGCUGUAUGUCCACUAGUAUUGGAACCGGGCUAGUGGCACUUGGAACGGAACAAGGACGAAUAGCAGUCUGGGAUCUGGACAGAGGACUCUUUAUCAUAGAACACGCUCAUCUUGAUCUGACAGAGGACCACGUCUCGAUGUACCUGGACAUGGCCGUUCCUCUUACCUCAGACAGCAGCCCCUCAUCAUCGCACUCACAGGACGAAGACGCCACCUUUCAACAGGCCACUGUGCCAUUGUUAGUAGACACACCAGCUCCACCUGAUCCACUGCCAGAGCAUAUUAAAGAUGUCGAACAGUCAUCGAUUAUCAAUAAAGACCCUAACACGAAUCAAAUAUCAGCAGCUGUUGAAACCGAAGGCACCCCAUCCUCUAUGCCUACCAUUGAACUCACCCCAGAUACUAAAGACACUGUUUUAGUGAAUCCCUCUCUUCAACCUUCUAGUCCGACUGACACUGAUUCCACGGAUAUUAGCUCAGAACAAACCAUUGAAGAAGAUGUGAAAAUGAAAUUUUCAGAGGACCCUGAAACAGAGCCCGUUAGCAAGAAGAGACGUUUUCACGUCACUGCCUUGUCUGUUGUAUCUGUUGAGAAACAUGUAUUGUCUACAUCAACUCCCGAAAUUUGUACAGCUGUUCUAAUUACAGGCGUAACCAUAUUUAGAGACAACAAAUGUGUCGCAAUGCUGAUGCUACACAAAGUCUGCUCAAAAAUUCGCAAAAAGAGAAAAUCACAGAAGCCACCGUCUACCUAUAUAUCUCCCAUUGCCAUAGACCUUGACCCUGAAUAUAUACCGUUGAUGGAUCAUCCGUCGAUGCAGCCACCGGUCUACUCUAAUCAAUCGUGGGAAGCUCCCAGUAAAGCCGGCACUGACGAUCCUGAGUUGCCUGCCACCUUAGAAUAUUCACAAAGCUUUUCACUAGGGAAUGACAUUGUUCCGAGUGAUUUUGAGGGGUUGCCACAAAUAAGGCAAAUUGUACCCCUGGAUAGCGGUCGGCUACUUGCUGUCAGUUGUACAGUAUCGACUUCAGAUUCCAUCUUAAAAGAGGAUAAAAGUGACUCUUCCACUUGUACUUUGUUUGUGAUCUCACUCAGUCAAAAUGGACACAUUACGGCAAGCUCUUUCUGUGUGAUACCAGUGGACGAACCGGUUGUUUGCAUAAGAGCUCUUUCUGAUAACAGUGAAACUCACUCCGAAGACUCAAACAAUCCUAUUCUUCUUGCAGUCCUCUUUGGAAGUGGUCGAGUGGUAGUGUAUGAUGUCAGCCUACCCUCCCCGUUGCCGGUAGCUACCUACCAAUGCUCCAACUGUGAGGAUCCUACUAGUCGUAUGGUGGACUGUACGUAUUGCCCGGCAACGUGCCAGCUGGCCGUGACUACUAGCAACGGGAAACUCUGGAUGCUCGGACUAGACAAGGGGAGUGAUGAGACAAAACAAAUCAAGAUGGAGGAUCUCAAACAAGAUCUCCAGACUCGUUCCUUGACUCCCUCCGAGCUGGAUCAGUUAUCGGUACUAACAGAGUCAUCCCCUGAGGGUAUCGAGUUCACUGGUUCCACCCCUCAAGACUGGCGACAGAUCUCCCUCCACCAGUACCACAGGGGAAGCCCCUCUCAUUUGUUUAAUGGUGGGCGUGGCAAAGCUGUGACAGGAAAUAAGAAGGCGUGGCAGACUGGGAGGGUGUGGCUGUACCAACCCCCCUCUGGCAUCAGCUCCAGAACGAAGUGCAGGUACAAGUUUGAACUGUCCCCCGUCCCCCAUUCUGAGUACCCCAUAUCGUCCAUAGCGAUCACACUCAAUAUUGCCAGCUCCCAGUGUCUGAAAGAGACAGCCUCCCUCUCUCUACUCCGCCCAAAAUGGACCACACCCACUAGCACUGACCCAUCAGAAUGCGACACCCUCUUGGGUCCAAUCAAAAUAAAGUCGCUAGUGGACAUUACCGGGAAAUCACUGACUGUUGUUCUAUCACAUCCACUUUUGGCUGUGACUGCCCCACCCAUUUUAUGGCUCUUGUUUGAAGAUUUAUUUGCACCCAACUACAACAAGGUGUCUUUCUCGGCUGAGCCUUUGACUGAUACCACGGCAACAAGAGGGGCGUGGCGGACUAAGGCCUUUCGGCAUUACGUCAAGCAACCUCCUAAUGACCAAACGAAGUCCAAGUUUGUUUCAGUGCAGGCAACACUCUCUGUCACCCUCCACAAGUCCUCUCGACCCCUCACUGACCUUGGCCCUUUAAUGUCCCCAAAACUCCUCCCCCUGCUUGUGUGUGACCCCCUCUUCAUGACAAAGUUGGCCAUCAUUGCUUGUGGGGGUGUGGUCAAAGAGGGGGAACGACCUCUCGAAGCAGCCGACUUGCUUAGUAAAAGAGUAGUAACUCAAGUACUCGAUCUCCUCUGUUGGAUAGCAUGCCUGCAUUGCAACACUCCUAACAGUGAAGGUUACUCUUUGCUGGUGAACUCCCUCUCUGUUUUCCUGACGUCCUUGCUACAUGCGUGCUUUGCUAGGGGAGACCGCACCCUCUCACACAAGGCCGCCCGCCUCCUCGUAACUCUCUACAGGGCUGGUGAGGAAGGUAUGUGGGUGGAAAAAUUUCGAGAGGUUGUGUCCCAAUCCUUGCUGAGUCUCCUCCCCCUUGUACCCCUGUUCCCCUCGGCAGCCUGUGUCCACUGGUUGUUCCGUGUCAUUGCCAUAGUGACAAACGCCAGCUGUCAUGAGAGGGUGAUGCGUGAGUGUGUAGGUAUAUUGGUGGGACUGAGCAGAGAGCUACAGACUAGGAACACUCUUCCUGCACAGCUGCUGCAGACAUAUUUCAAGCGAGACCUGUCCAUUUUUGAGCCUGAUCUGUUCGACAUCUUCCUCUCCUACUCGCAGAAGAGUGCUACCACCGUAACGGUCAAAACAACGCCCAAACCUGCACCAAUAUUGCCCCCUAGCAUUCCUAGCAUUCCAACACCAAUGCCACAAGCAGCUUUGGACGACCCUAACUUCGAGUUUACUUAUGAGAGCGUGUACAACAUCAUGCCAAAUCUCGUAUUGCCACAAAUGCCUCAUAUGCAGCACCCACCCAUAUUCGCCGCCUCAAUGGGUAAAGAUCAUCAGAUCGAGACACGAGUAGUGGUGAAUAAUGGGAACACAAUAUACGAUUCUGAGUUGCAGCUACUGAUGGAUUGCAAAGAGCAGAGUGAACAGAAAGUGAUUGAAGAGUACCCGACAUUCAAACACGGCUCUUUCCUCUUGUACUCCCAGAGGGGACUCCUUGAGACACUCCCACUCGAGUACUCUUGCCUGAGGGUCACUGGUAAUGCCGCCGUGAAGGCAGCCAGCUUGCAAAGUGUUAGGAAAUCACGAGUCGAUGCCACCACCUCUUCCGUUCCCAUGACAUCACUCACAAAAACUAGCGGCUACUGUUUCCCCACUGACAGUGUUCCUCGCAAGAAACCAGACAAAGUUUCAAUGGACAAUUCAAAUCAAGAUCGAUCAAGUAUGACUCGCCUACCGUCUUCUGUAACUGAUAUAUCAAUAUCACCAAGGGAACUGAUAAUGCACAUCGAAUCAAUCAAGUCUGGAGUUUCGUAUGCGGCCACUCUAGAGCUGGGACCGUGUGAAGUAGAGCUAACUGAUCUCUGUAUCCAGUCUUCGCCGGUCAUGUCAUCCGUGUGUGUGGAUGUGUGGAGCGGUGAUGGUGGAGAAAGUGAGGCUGUGAGGGUCGCCCACUCAUCAGAGCUGUCACACAAGUCACUCAUGCUAGGGAACAUCUACCCUCCUCCUAUCUGCCGGUUUAUCAAGGUUACAUUCAUAGGAAGACUUGGUUUGUCUCGAGACAAAGCUCAAGUGUUCAUCGGCACGUUCUACGGUCGUCCCAUCCCACCUAGCCCCCCCUCACCCAUCCAGCUGUUCUCUCUCGAAGAAUCCAUUCUCUCUCAAUACCACACCUCACGGGAAAAGCUGAUCUCAGCACUUUUGGCCUUUUCUCAAAGAAGCUCCGCCUCUAGUACAGGCAUGACUGAACAAUACGAGGACGAAGUGAACCACCAUUACAAACAGUGCUUCAGGGCACAAGUGCAGCUGGCUAGACUACGAAACUGGAGAAAGUGGCAAGAGAACUGUACUUACGAUGGACAACUCAGCGUCGAGCAGCUGGCCAGUAGUGGGGAUAUGUCCACUUUAUCUGCUAGCAAACUGAUCAAACUGAUUGGCUGUACCAUAGACACUCUACUCACUCUCAAUAAACAGCCCUCGUCUGGCCUCAAACAAAAGAGUGGUGAACUCUCGCAAGAGACGUUAGAAACGCAACAGAUUCUCUCCGAGGAUGACUGCUCCAUGUUAUUCUCUACGCUGUGUGUUCACGGCACCCCCAAGUCACAUGCACGAGCGUGUGCAUUUCUCAUCCAGCUGUGUGGGUCUCAGCCAUGGUGGGGCCAUUUUGUCACCAAGACAGCCGUAAAUCUGCUCAGUGACUCGCACACAGCUGUCUUCAACCAGGACAGGGCUCUCCUACAGUUGUCAGCGCUGAGUCAGCGGACGUACGAUUGUACCAACGUCCUCACCAGUCUCUUAACUCAGCUCAGCAACACCCUCCAGGGAAGUCAUGAUCAUCCAGGUCGAGACAACACCUUACUACAGUGGCUUGUGUUGCUCCUCUCACACAUUCUUUCGUCUCUUACGCUAAAGACAACGAGUAAAAGCCAUCCAAACCUCUUCCAACCAUCGCCAUUAAUGAUAACCCCUCCCCCUGACAACUCAAUGGCAUGGGAACGGAGUAGGGCAGCUGUCAAUGAGAUUCAGGACAAGAAGAUGACGAUUCGGCUCCAGCUGUCCCGGUUGAGGACUGAGAUAAGGAGUGCUACUGGGGAGCAGAAGGUGAAGCUUAUGGCCGAGUCUGAGGCUCUCAAGAAACUGUGCCUCACUCCACAGGACUACAGAGAGUACCGUGUCACACCCCUGAAGCCCCCCGUCCUAGGCACACCCUCCAUGGGGGCGAAGAAACGACCCCCUGCUAAGCCAACAGAGACGCAGUCAUCAUCUCCCCUCCUCACCUUCCUAUCGUCAGAGCUCUGUCAGAGAGUGGCCAAGGGCCUGCUGGGGUAUGCACUGGCUCUGGCCAACGAGGGAGAGUGGAACCUGGUGCCUGUCACCUGCAAGUUGUUCUCCCUAUUACUGGCCCACUCUCGUACCUUCUUCGGUGUUCGUACUCUGGUCUCCCAGCAACAGCUACACCACCUCAUGGUCCUCACCUGUCAGUCGUUCAGUCCUCGCAACCAAGUCGAGUGGGGGAAGAGGGCUCUGCAGUGUAUGCUCAUGAACGCAUUACACCAUGGAGAAAUCAAACAUUACGAGCACACUAAGAGAGAAACGGGAACGACCAAGCAAACAACCGAUCCAAAAGACCGUCUUGUAUCGAAAAAAGUAAAAGUGACUGAAAUAUUGGAUCAAGAUAACGAAUCUAACGAAGCCUCAGGCUCUGUUGUUGUUAGCGAAGUAUCAGUUGAUGUAGGCUCUUCGACAAUUUUAGAAACAGAUUCGUUAAGUCAUGAAUUGAUUAGUUUAGACUCACUGCUAAAUGAGGCAACGGCUGCACACGAACUCGAACAAGAAGACAGUGGUGACAAAGACAUCGACCCACAACAAGCUGCAAAAGAGCUGUUAGAACUGCUAGACAACAUGAAGGACACGCAGCCAGCUGCUGAUGUAGCUACAGAACAGCCUCAAGACUCCACCUACUCUAACCCUCUCAUUGAUGUAAGAAGUACUGAUGAGAAGAAGGUUUCAGACAGUAAAGAAAGAAAAUUAAAACUAUCAAAGUUAGAAAUUAUACGUAAAAAGCUUGCAAGUCGCCGUGCUGUUAAGACUGUGAAGACUGCAGCAGUUACCAAAUUGGAAAUUCCAACCAACAAUACAGAACAGAGGCAACAGUCAUUGUUGUAUAUGUCAUUUAUCAUCUCUAACACCGUGGAAACCAGACUAUUGUGUUCCUGUCAGCUGUCUCCUGAGUUACAGCUGCAAGCUUUUUCUCAGGUGGUCUAUGAGUCCAUUCUGUCCUCUCUCAUCAACGCUAGGCCCCGAGGGAGCACGACACUCACACCACGUGUGGUGGGAGAAAUACUGCCACCAAGAAAGUAUCCAUUCGAGAAAACAAUGACGUUUUUGCUGAAUUCAAUUGAACAUCUUUUGGAACAAGCUAGAGAGCCCCAUUCUAACAUUGACCUUGUGGCCACGCUCCAGUUCUGGGAAGAACUUAGCUCCUUGUUCCCUGCAGAAAAGACAGUGUUCAAAAAUGUUGGAAGUGGCGAAGAAAGAUUUUUCUUUCCCAUCAACAAAGAUUUUGUUCCACCCCUAUCUUCAAACGUAGUUUUCAUCAUGCUGCUAGAUUCUUUGAUUGGCACCUCCUCCAAAUCCUCAAAACUGUGGCAACUGAGUAUCUGUCUAAUGCACACCUCUCUCAUAGAGCUGGUCAUUCGUGCGCCUAGGAGGUGGUGGGAGAGGGACCCUCGUGUACAGGUGAAGUUCAGACAAGUGUUGCUAAAAAUGCUCUCCAUCCCUUUCACUGCUCAAGACAUUGACAAGGAGAUUGUCGAAGCCUUUCUUAGGUGUGUGUGCUCUAUUCCAUUCCGAAAUCGGCAAAAUGAUGGAAUGUGGCAUGGAUCCAAUUUCCUCUUGGAUAUUUUGAUUCAACUACAGGAUGGUGACAAGUCCCUCCUGGAGUCCCCUCUGCUUCACACGCUGCUCUCCGUCCUGGGGGAGCCCGCUAACUUGUCCAGUUGGUGGAAGAAUCCUUCCAACACAUGUUAUCAGACGGUGGGACUGGUCCACCAGCUGUGUUUGGUCAUGGUCGACUGGCUGCCCUGGCUGUUGGAGAAGACAGACUCUCCAGGUGUUCGGGUGUUUGGAAACGAGAUGGAUGAUGAUAGGAAACGAUACAAUCGUUACCCUGGCUCUGCUCAGCCGGAGGUCAAGUGGGUCCAGUUGUCACGUGAUAACACUCACGACACGGCCAACCUCACUCCGAAGUUCAUCCAGUUUCUGAGAGACAUUUUGUCUGUUUCAAUACCCGAUGAAGCUUUGCUCCCAUUACAUGAGUACUGUCGGAAUACUUUCCACACUGACGCUAGCUGUGCCAGCAUUGAGGAUGAACCUUCUUCUUUUGAGGAUGUGCUGCAGCUGGUUACCGAGUUCCCACUGCUUGUACUGUUGUUCAAAGACACACAGCUUCUAACCAAACUUUUCAAACUGCUAAACUCACUUCCCACCGAAAGCAAUGACAAAAAAUGUAACCUGAGUCACGAUCUUUUUACGAAUUUCUUCCAUUUUCUAAUUGGCCAUUGCAGAGAUAAUUCAUACUUUUUUCAGCCCAUCCUUCAAGUGUUGAGUGCAACUCCUGGUAGAUCAAACAUCUCCAUACUGUUCAGAAAUCUGAUUUCCCGUCUAAUGUCCGAUUUUGUCAAGCAGGGAGAUUCUCACAAACUAGUGAAUUUUAUUCGAGGCGGGGGUGGGAAGUUGAUUAUUGAAUGCUUAGUCAUGAGUUGUAAGUCACCUUACACUGGCGGUUUGAAAACUCACAGUGUCAGUGUUAUUGGAACAAAAAAGAGGCUUAAACUGUUCUCCGAAACUAGCAAACUAGUCAAUUUUCUCCCUUUUGCUUCGAUUUGCUGUAAACCCGAUCGUACCCUAGCGACAGAGCUGACGACAUCAGGUCCAUCUCGGUCAAGCACUCUCCAUCACACUUUCAACUCUUCCGAACAUUGGCUGGUGCUCAACAUCACUCUACCAUUCCCAGUUCUCUUACACUGCGUGCAACUGUUUCAGCCGACAGGGCUAACACAAAGUGGACCCUCCUCUGUCUUCUUGAAGGUCUCUUCUCAAGGAGGGGUGGGUAACGCUCUUCCCAUAACCCCGCCCAUACAAACAAGCGGUCUUUCUAAUAUCAAAAUCGAGUUUCAACAACCACAGAUUGCUCAAGAGGUGGUAGUGUACCUGGGUAGGCCGUUUGCGUCCAAUAGCCUGGCAUUGUCGCACAUGCACUUGUUGGGACUGGCCUACGGGAGUGGGGAUGAGGAGGAAGGCAAAGAAAAUGUGAGAGGAGCAGGUGGCUAUGUAAAGAAUAGGAGAGAUGAGCAGAGUGCUGGCUGGCUGAACAUUCUGGAGCAGUGGAUGACAGUGUCUGAGCUUACAAGAGAGGCUCUUAUAAGCGUAUGUUCCACUGUCCCCAGCUUCCUGCCCAGCUGUCUCUCACUGCUUAGCAACCACCAUACUCUCAGUCGCCAGUCCAGUUCCCAGCUGCAGUCUGUCCUCGUCAUGCUGUCAGCUGACUCCCCAGAGUUUGGGGAUGAUAUUAUCAAGUAUCUCUUGGGGCACUCUAGCAGCCGGACCACAACUCAGCAAGCUUACAGUGUGGGAUGCCAGACCAGCGUGUCACCGGUUGCCAUGGAGCUGGUAUUGAGUCUGUGUCGACCUACUACUGACAGCAGCAAGCAAAGACUAGACAUGGCUAUUCGACUGCUCUCUAACCAAGUGUCUCCCUUGACUGCGCCCACAUCUCAUCAAGCCACGCCCACCCUGGUCCGUGCGCUCAGUAGUGCUGUUUGGGGGGAGACGAGGUGCUACAGCGAGGAGGAUUUCAGGUCUCUUGCUGAGUUUGCUUUCUCAACUGAGGUUGGUCACCCGCUCAUGUCACCUCUCAACUCUCUCCUCUGUGCUCUAUGUAACGCCCACCCCCCACUGUACACGCUCAUCCUCUCUCGCUGCCAAGAAGCUCUUAAUCAGGGACUGCCAUUACAAAACCUUCUGCAAACUUUGGCGAAAGCAUCGCAAUCUUCCGUUGCUACGAAUACGCUACUGGUGUCCAAAUUCUCGUCCCUUGUUAUGUCACAACUCUUGGAAGGAUUUGAUUGGUUGCUAAGCUCUGUUGUUAAUGCUGGCUCGGCAGAAAUACCCGAUGAAAGUAGGGAGAAAGAUGAAGUCCAAGAGAAGAUGAAAAGGGUGAGCAUGUACCUCGCGUUUUUGACUGAUUUUGUUCGAAAUUGGACUCCAGCAAAGGAUUGGGUCGGUAACCAAGACAACAGAAGGAUUUGGGCCUCGAUAUUCGCUUUUUUCUGUUCUGGUGCUUGUAGCAGCGUAUCUGCCGUCAAUCUUGCUUUCUUGCAGGACGUUGUGUGCGAAUUCUUUUCCGCCUGUGUGCACAAUCAUGCUGCUAACAAGUCUCUCUUUGUUCAGCUGUUCUGUAACUCCCUGAGGGGAGGUUUUGACUUUGAUUCUUCUACCAAAACGUCUGAUUCUGAUUCUGAGUCUGGAAACAAGACAGAUAAAACUACUCCACUUGAGGAUUGCAUUCUCACUCCAUUUCUACAUAAAAUAUUGACUGAGCUAAUUCUCUGUCAUGAGUCCAUUCCGUUGGUUCUAAUAUGUAAAGCAUCCAACCUCAAAACCACACCCUCUCUUUCCCUCUGCCACGACGCAAUCAACUUCCACCCCUCAUUUGGAGUUGGCUCUCACCAUUACUACCUCGAGCUACCCCGUGCUGUGAGCAUCAAAAGCCUUGAGGCAAUAUUUAACAAGGACGUGGAGGUCAAACCAGCACAGAUAGCUCCACUUACGCUCCUAAGACGACGAGCCGUCCAGAAAGUGACCAAACCUCUUAAACCACCCGUAGAACCAAGCAGAGAUUUGAAACUGAGCAACUUCAAAAUCAAAGACCAUAGUCUGAUUACUUCAGUGCCGUCUGAUUCGCAGUCUACUGUUGCCUUUAAAUUACUCGAUGCUCGCGACGGCAUUUGCCUCGAAAGCACUGUUCCUAUAGUCUUGGUUCUGGAGUCCGACUCUGAGCAGCGUUCAAUCAAAACUGUUUCCACUGCCCUCACAGACUCAAGUCAGGACCUCCUGGAGAGCUUUCUAUCGGAAAAAGGCCUGUCAGCUCUUGCCCAAUGCCUGCCUGCCCUCUACCAUUACCACUGGCCCCAAUCUUGGAACACAGAGAGCAAGAGACCAUCCCAGGUGUUCCUGGAUCUGCCCUCCAUGCUGCCAGCACACUCUGUGUUCAUGCUUGGCCUCUGUCUAAGGAUUAGUUGCUAUGGCGAUCUGCUGAAGGAAAACCCUUCAGUCACCCUCGUCCUACUAAGACUGCUGCUCAAAGCAAAAAUCAAAGAGCCACUAUCAAAUCGUUCGCUUGAGGAGAUUGCCUUCCUCCCCUACUUAAUAUUCCUUGAGGCCCUUAAGCAGUUUCCUAGCAACACAGAAGAGGGCAAUGUCUUGAGGCUGUGUGCCCUUGAAGUAGGAGUGGUCAGUACCGUGGUUCGAUGCAUGGCCUUCAUGGGCCGCUACAGCCCUCGUAGGGAGGUGGGAAAGGAGUCACAGGGGGAGGAGCAAAGCAAGUCCCAGAGGAACAAGAAGGUUGUCUCCCACGACGACAGCCAUUACUGGGCCAAGGGAACUGGGUUUGGUACAGGCUCCACCACGUCCAACUGGGAUAUUGAGGCUACCCUUGCUAAGAAGAAAUUGGAGGAGAAAUAUAUUGCUCUCUGUUUCACCAUCCUGGCCGAGUACUUGGAGAUCAAAGGUCAUACUGAUGCCACACCCACUGAUGCAUCAGAGGAGCUGGUUGAGAUGUUGGGCGACUCAUGUCUGCUUCCAGCACUGGCAUCGUAUCUCCAUAAUGACUCUGUUCUGGACAUCUCCAAACAUGUCGACCUCUACCACGCGUCCUUGGACCUUCUCUUCUCACUGGCGUCCAAUCAGAUCACUCAACACCUCCUCUUAGUCCCCGUAUUCUCGUCUGAGGAGGAGGUGGGGCCAGACAUCAUCACACUGGCGUCUCUCAUGGCACGACUCAGAGGAAUUGCUGAGAUCUACAAGAAAACUGCGGGAAUUGCUCCCUCAAGACAAGCCUCCCCAUCCAAGCCUGGAAAGCCAAGGCGGUGUGUUCUCUCUAAUACUAGGAAUACAAAGAGCUCACAUGUGCUGUCAGACAAGAUAGACCACCAAGACAAGAACAUCGACUCCAAUAUAAAGGAUAAGCCUGAAGAUGCAGCAGCAGUGGAUGUUGCAAGCAAAGAUGCUGACUCCAAGCAGGUUGUGGCUAUGGUUGACCCCAAUCAACUGGAACCAACUAGUGACCCAAAGUCUCCUCCAUCGGAAUCAGAACAUGUUGACUUCCUUUUUGCAAUAUCGACUCCCAUUGACCCGCACGAGUCCACACCCCCUCUCAUCCCACAAAGGACCGCAUCCUCUAAAACUGAUCAAAAACCAGCAAACACAGAUGAUGGAGAAUUAGCCAUUCUUGUUGAUAAGAUACUGUCAACGUCCGAUUUGAUUAUCGAGGUGGUGACUGUAAUUAGAAUGAAGAGAGGGGGCCUAGAGCCACAGACGUUGUCACAGGCCCCAGAGAAGCAGCCUGGAUCCUACUCUAGAGUGAUGGGUCCACUGCAGUUCGACACGUUCCAGUUCACUGAGGAGGACGAGAAUGGCCGUGUGCAGUUUCAUUGUCCCUUUUUCUACCAAUCAAAGGUCCAGAAAACCAGCGCCUCGUCAUCGAGUGCUGCUAGGGCCCGGCGCCUCGCUCAGGAAGUGUCCUCUCUCUCUACCUCCCUCCCCCUAUCCCCCUCCUCCUCCGUCUUUGUGCGUUGUGACGAGGAUCGGCUUGAUGUCAUAAAGGUCCUUAUCACUGGUCCCUCUGAGACGCCAUAUGCCAAUGGCUGUUUUGAGUUUGAUGUGUUCUUUCCUCCUGACUAUCCCCAAGUGCCCAUGCUGGUGAACCUCAUGACCACUGGGCAGAAGAGGGUUCGAUUCAACCCUAACCUCUACAACGAUGGCAAGGUGUGUCUGUCUGUCCUGAACACUUGGCAUGGCAGACCAGAGGAGAAGUGGAAUGGACAAAACUCAAGCUUCUUGCAGGUACUAGUAUCCAUCCAGUCGCUCAUCUUCGUCCCAGAGCCGUACUUCAAUGAGCCGGGCUACGAGCGUUACCGAGGGACACCCCACGGUGAUAACAAGUCCCUUGCCUACAACGCUAACCUGUACGUGGCCAAUAUGCAGUGGGCCAUGAUCAACCAACUAAGAAAUCCCACCCCGUGCUUCAAAGAGGUGAUACUGAAGCACUUUCAUGAGCGUCGUGCAGAAGUGUUGGCGCAGUGUGAAGAGUGGAAGAGGGAACUCGCCGCUGGAGUGAGGAGGCUUCAGGAGAAAGGGGAGACCACAACGCAUCUCAACACUCAUUUGCAAAACCUCAACAAGUCAAUAGACACUCUACACUCAGAAAUAGAGAAAAUUAACAGCUAGUGAAAUCACUUUUUGACUAUUAUUGGCUGGCUGUAUAGUCAAUGUGUUUUUCACUGUUAUUUAUAUCUGCUUUCAUGCAUAAGAUUAAGAAAGUACACUGUGUACAUAAUUAUGUGCUAGUCGA